AUGAAAAAGAGUGUAAAGAAUUAAAAUAAUAAAAGAGACUUUGAACUUUAGUAAAUAGAAGAAAUCAAAUUAAUUGAUAUAUAUGGUAAUAAUAAACUAAUUAUAGAAUGCAUGAAUGAUUUAGAUAUUGAAUAAUCAAGUGUUAUAAUAAAAUUAGAAGAUUUAUUGCUUGAAAGUUCAUAAGGAGUCUUACUUAGUUUUGUGUCAUUAUAUUUAAAAUUAGUUGGAAUGAACUAUUGCAAUUAAUAUUUAAAGGGAUUAAGUCUUGUAAAUCUCAAUUUGGAAGAAAUAAUUAAUAAAUUAGAAUCUCUUUAACUUGAAAAUUAGUCCAAUUUAAUUGAUGAAUAAUAAUGCUAAUAAAUUGAAAAUAAUAAAGUAUUAAAGUCUUUUUUUGAUACUUUAUUUUCAACUCAAACUUAAUUGCCCUUCUAAUGUGAAGGUUUUUUCAAAUAUACAUAUAAUUGGUUAACCAUAAUCUCAUAAACUAAAUUUCGAACUGCUCGAUUAGCAGCUUUAGAAUUAAUAGAUUUAAUAAUUUUUUCGAUUUCAAAUUUCUUAUAAUUUAUAAGUAAAAAUUUAGUAUUAUUAUUAGAAAACGAAUAAGAUUUAAAAGAAUCAACCAAAUUUAUAAACAAUAUUUUUGAAUAUUUAGUAACUAAUAGAGCAUAAGAUGUUCAAACAAUAAUUAAAAGAAAAACUGUAUAAAUUCUUUUUCAUUCAUUUUUAAAUCCAGAUAUUCCUACAGAUCCAUAUUAUAGUUACUUAGGUUGUUUGUUUUUAAAUGAAAAUCAUGAAUGUAGAGAAGCUGCUCUGAAUGAAUAUGAAAAAGUUUUAAAAUCAUUAAUUGAAAGUAAAAAAUCUAUAUAAUCAAUUAUUGAUUUCCUAUAAGAUGAAUAAGAAGCUGUAAUUAGUUUAAUAUUUGAUCCUAAUGAAAGUAUACAAUUAAAAUUAAUCAAUUUCUUAAAAGUAUAAUAUUUUAAAUUUAAUAAUUUUAGUUAUUCUCAAAAAGCGCAAAUGUAGUUAGUAAUUUUUUUAAAACAAAAACAUGUUAAGCCUUUAUUAGAAUAUUAUUUGCUAAAAAUUUAAGAGUACGAUAUGAAUCUACUUUUGUAUUGCAUUUAUUUGAAAAACCAAUAAAAACUUUAUUUAAAUUGACAGAAUUUUAUUUGACUUAUGCACCAUUUGAAAUAUAAACUUUUGAAGAAAGCUAAAAUUUUAUAUUUUCCUUUAUUCAUAGUCAUCCUUUUGUUUGUUCACCAGAACAAUACUCUCAAUUUUUUGAAGCAGAUUAAUAGGAAUAAUUUUAAAUAAUGGGUUAUUAUUUUUAUGCUGCCAUUUUAUCAUAUUCUCUUAAAUAAAAUAAGUUUUGGUGGUUAGAAUCAAAAGAUGAAGAUAUUAAUUUUAUUGAUUAAUUUACAAACUUUUUCUAUACAAAAAUAAAAGCUUCAAUAGAUUUAAUUGAUGAGGUAUUUAUAAUUAUAAUAUUAAAUUGUAGAAUCUACUUUAUCCUUAUUUGCACAUUUAUUAAAACUUAAAUUCAAAAAUUAUCCCACUUAAAGAAAUGAAAGCAAUUCUUAUUAGUGUAUAAAAGAUUUUUCAAAAAAGCCAAAAUAUUUAAAUAAUUAAUUAAGUAUGUAAAUUAACGUUUAUAUAUCAAUAAUAAUUGUAAGAUUCAGAAGGAGUUAAAGACUGUAUAAAGGAAUUAGUAAAAUAUGGAUUAAGAUUAUAUAAGGAGAAAUUAAAUUUUUUGAAUAUUUAGAAAAUUGAAUGUUUAAUAAAGUAAAAUUUGGUUUUACCAAAAUAAAUUUUAAAUCCUAUAAGCUCUAUUUUCGAAAUUAGGGAUGAAAAAUCUAUUAUAAUUAAUGCAAAUAUAUUGGCUAGUUCUCUUUAAAAUUAGAUAAGAAAUCUAUUAAAUUCAAAUAAACCUUAAGAAAAUGAUCAUGAAGCUAAUUAUAAAGAAAUAAGAGAUCUAUUUUAUAAUUAUUGCUUUUAAAUUUUAGAAAACAAAAAUAAAGAAUAAUAUCACAUAGCUAUUUUGUAACUUGUAAUCAAUAAUUUAAUUUAUACAAAUAAUUUUAAAUUACACAGAUUGAACUUAUAAUAUAACAUCUCAUCUUAAACCUAUCAAUUAAUAUUUAUUCAUUUUAGUAAUUAUGUACUUAAAGAAUUAUCUAGAUAAGCAAAGACAGAAAAAUAAAAAUAAAAUGAUUUUAAAAGAAAGAAAAGUAACACAUUAAUUGAUAAUUUACCUUAAAUAAGUAGUGCUUAAAUGGAUUUAUUUAAUAAUUCAAUAAAGUUGAUGAAUCAAUGCCCAUAAAUACUGAUUCAUAAAGAAUUUGGUAUACAAUAUCUUUCUUAUUUAUUUGAAUUGAUGAAAUCUAGUUGUUAUUUUAAUGAUUUAAAACCUACAAUUUUAACAGCUAUAUAAUAAUCACUAUAAAAAAUUUUAGAAAACGAUCAUUAUUUUAAAAAAGAAGAUUUUUGGAAAUUUAUUGUUGAUUAUACAUAAAUUUAAUAAUAGUGUUAAAGUGAAGAAAUAUUUAAUGAAUUUGUCAAAUUAUGUAUCAAUUCAUUUAUAGGAUCUGUUACUAAAUUAAAUGUGAAUGAAAAGAGGAUGAUGUUUAUCAAUCAAUGUGCUGAAAUGAUUCAAUUAGGAUUUUAAGAUAUUUCAAAUAUUUAUUUAUUUGGUUUAUUAAGUCAUAUAUUUCAUAAGCCAACAAAAUUAUUGAAAACACUCUAAAUAGACAAAUUAACAUAUUAAAAAUUUUAUGCAUUUUAUGAAUCAAAGAGUUCAGAAUAUCAUUAAAGUAGUAAAUAGACAGAGGAGAAAAAAGAAAUUUAGAAAUCAGAACAAUAAUUAAGAAUUAGAUUAAAAUAACAAACAGGACUUACUACUAAGGAGAUUAACAAAAUAGUUAAUAGAGUUUCAAAAAGUCCAUAAAAACUUAAUGUUGUUCAAAAAUGUGUGGUUGAUAAUAGUCAAGUAAGUAGUAAGAAGAAAGUUUAAUAAAUUUCUGAUGAUGAAUUAGAAAUUCCUUUUUCAAAAUAGAAAGUAUCACAAUGA